AUGGCUGUCAACAUCUAUAAUCCUUAUAGUGAUGAACCUAAGGUGUUUCCCAAUCAUGGUGCUGCAAUCAACACCUUUCUAAAUUUUAAAGAAUUGGCAACGUCAGAGAGAUCAAAAAAUAUGAUGACAAGAGAUGAAUUCACCGAGAAAAGAAUAAAGAAGUUGGAGAAAAACUUACUAAAGGGAAAAAUGGAAAAUAGGGUAAAGGAAAUUACGAAUGAGAUGCAUGAAGUGUUGAAUAGAAAAACUAUUUCCUUAGACAUGAAGCCUUACGAUCUCAAAGAUCUAAGUUACGUGAUCAAGAAGAACCUUGAACUGGUAUGUGAAGCAAUGAAAAAGAAUGUUGGCAAUGAGGGGUCUACAUCCAAUGUCCCUCAAUCCACGCCUUCAACAACAAUGACUUCUAUGAUGCCUUCAUCAAUUAUAGAUCCUCCAUUAUAUGCUUCAGUGCCUUCUCCAAUGACACCACAAAUGAACCUUUCAGAGGAGAUCCCCCCAAUGGGUACAUUAAUUCAAAUGAAUAACUCCCAGAACUACUCUAGUGACAUUCAAGAAAGUCCUUCAUUGAUUGAGUUACUAAAUUGGAAUAAUGAUGAUGUCGUGACUUUGCUGGAUGACAUAUCACUAAACAAUAUUAAUGAACAAGAUCCAAACCCCACCAAUAUUAUAUAA